AUAAUUGUAUAUUUGUUCUUAAUUCGAAAAUCAACAAAUUGUUGCCCACUGUACUUUGGCGCGUUGGCCGUGGUACUUUCGGACUGGGUGGCAACGCUGCGACAGGCCGGCAAAACAGCUGUGCGAGCAGUGCAGCAACAAAAAUUGUUGGGCCACUGGCCAAGGCGGCAGUAAAAAGAAGAAAGAAGGGAAAAAAUCGCUGCAGUUGCAUAGGAAUUGCGAUUGCAUUUACUAUAUAAUCGGCAUAUUUAUAUAUAUAUAGAGCAAAAAGCAGCGAUCGAUCGUGACAAGACAGAGAGCAAACGGCAAGAUGAGCAGCCAACAGCGGACGGUGAUUAUAUUCAAAUCAGAAUCGGAGAGCACGGAUGUCUAUGCAGAGACCCUGCUGGGUCACAACUUUCAGCCACUGUUCGUGCCGACGCUGAGCUUUGGCUUCAAGAAUCUCGACCAGCUGCAGGCCAAGCUGCAAACGCCGGACAAAUAUGCGGGCAUAAUCUUCACAAGUCCGCGCUGUGUCGAAGCUGUUGCCGAGGCACUGCAGCUUGCGGAACUGCCCGGCGGUUGGAAGCUAUUGCAUAACUAUGCCGUUGGCGAGGUUACGCAUAAUCUGGCGAUGAGCACGCUGCAACAGCUGUUCACCCACGGCAAGCAGACGGGCAAUGCUCGGAAUCUGGGCGACUUCAUUGUGGACACGUUUGAUGGAUCAAGGAAUCUGCCGCUACUGCUGCCCUGCGGUAAUCUGGCCACGGACACACUGCUCUCGAAGCUGAUCGAGAACGGGUUUUGUGUAGAUGCCUGCGAGGUGUAUGAGACGAAGUGUAAUCCACAGCUGGCCGAGUGCAUGGAUCGUGCUCUGAAGGCGGAGAAUAUAGAGUUCCUGGCAUUCUUUUCACCUUCCGGCGUAAAUUGCGCGUACGAAUACUUUAAGGCCCGCAACAUAACGCCAGAUCAAUGGAAGCUGGUGGCCAUUGGUCCGAGUACUCGACGCGCAUUGGAAUCAUUGGGACUGAAAGUCCUCUGCACCGCAGAGCGGCCAACGGUGGAGCAUCUGGUGAAGGUGCUGCUCAAUCCGCAGGAGAGUCGGGAGCGCCUGCUGCGGGAGCGCCUAGAUGUAGCAUAAGUGUUUUUUUUUUAUUUCGAGUUGAAUCUAUCUCUAUCUAUCUAUUUCUAUGUGACCUCGAUGAGUACAAAAUUAGUGAGCCCAGCAUAAAAUGUUGCGGAUUUUAAGUUAUUUUUGACGCCCGAUACUCACCUCAAUUGAAGCUGAAUAAAUU